AUGUAUGGUUAUAUUUAUUCACAAUUUUCCUCUAUAUUCUCCUUUUUGUUCACUCACUCUGCUGCCCAACUCAUCGUUCGCUGCCUCAUAUUACACCAACACCACAGCGCCGAUGGAAAUUUCGAAGUGACGUUAGCCACAAAGGCCACUCUCAACUAUACGGGCCGCGUCGACUGGCGGCCACCGGCGAUUUAUAAGAGCUCCUGCGAAAUCGAUGUCGAGUACUUCCCAUUCGACGAACAGACGUGUGUGAUGAAAUUCGGCAGUUGGACAUAUGAUGGUUUUCAGGUGGAUCUUCGGCAUAUCGACGAACUCAACGGCACAAAUGUUGUAGAAGUUGGUGUGGACUUAUCAGAAUUUUACACAUCAGUCGAAUGGGAUAUAUUAGAAGUUCCUGCAGUGCGGUAA